CGCAACAAGCCAUUACAACAAAGCCCUGCGGUCUGUCAUGCAGGAUAUGCACAAUGACAGUACCAUGGAGUUUCUGCUGGUCUUUCUGUCUUCUGGCUCUCCUUCUGGCUCUGAAGUUACACACCGCACAUUCGGCUCCUGAUUUCUCUCUUUAUCUUCACACCAUUCUGAAGAACCACACGGCUCAUGCGUGUGAGGGAGGCACGCUCAUCAUUGAGUGUCCCUCCAGGACGUCUGUGGCCGUCCUUUCAGCUUUCUAUGGACGACGUGUUCCGAAUCAGCAUUUGUGCCCCUCUGCAAGUGCAAACACAACUGUGGAGGAGGACACAGCAUGCUCUUCACCAGUCGCUAUCGAGAAAGUGCUGUCAGAGUGUCAGGAUCGACGUUCCUGUCACAUCCCUGUCUUCAGUCCAGUGUUUGGACAGGACCCCUGUCCACUCACCAGCAAGUACCUCCUAGUCUCCUACAAGUGCAGACCAGAGCACCAUCGCACAAGACUGGUGUGUGAAAAUGAGCGUCUGAGGCUGAUGUGUAAAAAUAAGACUGUCCUUGCCAUCUACUCGGCCACGUUUGGACACCUUCUGCACGGCAGUCCUUACUGUCCUCAGGAACCUGGAUCACAAAAUGAUAUGGAGUGCCUGUCACCUCUGGCUCUGAGGAAGGUGUCACGCAGGUGUCACGGCAGAGCAAACUGUUCAGUCCUGGCCGAUACUCAGACCUUUGGGGACCCUUGUUUCCCUGGCACCAGGAAACACCUGCGGGUGUCCUUCACUUGUGUACCCCGGUAUCUUCUGGAAGAUGUGGGCCGAGGGUCAACAGAUCCUUUCCGGAUUUCAGACUACACACACGGUGGAUGGUACACUGGCCCUACCUACAGGCCUCAAAAUGUGCUCUUAACCAACUCUCUGGAGAUCGUUGAAAAAAUAUUGGGUCUACCGGAGAAAGUGGCUCUGUACUUUGUCUCUGGCAUCUGUGCUGGUCUGGUGUUCCUGCUCUGCCUGUUCGGCCUGCGCUCCACAUUAGUGAGAGAUGUUAAAGGUCUGGUGUCUGACCUGAACGAUGAGCUGAAAGCAUCUCGCAGACGGCGCAAGGAGUUCAUGGAGGACCUCUACGAUGAUGAGAUCUCAGACACGUCGUCCUUCUGUCGACUCACGCAGUCCUACCGCACAACAGACAUCUUCAGUCCUCCCACGUUGAGAGUAGAGAUGGUUGAUCGUGGGAUGGAACAGACGGGGGAUGUGCCCAACGGAGACAUUUGGCCACAUCAAGACUCCAGCCCUUAUGCCAUUCACAAGAUUAAAACCUACAACAAUUAACAUGUAUUAGUUCAACUACUUUUACAGCAUGUUCUGCUAGAAAAUUUAAGUUGCGGACUGACAUUAUACAAAGAUGUUUGUUUUAAUUCUAACUGAACUUAACUAUUCCUUGUUAUCUGUGUUCUGCCUUUCAUAAAAUGUCAUAUAAGAUAAUGAGUCAAAUACAUGAAGUCCUGACACACUAGGUGGUUAAUCAUUAUCAGGAUUAAUAUCAGACGAUUUGUUUUUGCUUUAAAUUAAUUUCAAAUGCAAUAUUAUUUUGUAAAAUAACAUUAAGGUCAAAGAUUAAGCCUAAAUUAAUUAUAUUUUUUGCCCAGAUUUGGUUGUAGGAUGUCAUGUAAAAAUCUUGAGACCGGUAUGUACACUCAGGGUCCACUUUAUUAGGUGUCAUAGAGGUGUUAUUUAAACUAUAUGUUUUAGCACUAACUAACAAUAAUUAGGAACACAUCUUACUAUAAUAUAGUCCAGUACAACACCACCUUUGACUUUAACCUCAGCAAUAAACAGGUAAUUGAACGUACACAUCUCCGACAGUCUCACGAAAACUGAACCUCGUGUGCUCUGUAGGGAGAGAUGUUAUGGCUGAGCUGUUGUAUUGCAUUGCACUGGAUUUUACGGGAGUACCUAAAAAAGUGGGCGCUGAGUGUACAGUUUAUUGCAAUGUAAGUCAUACUAACCAAGAAAGACUGUAUCAUUGAGGUGAGACUUGUGUGUUCUCUUUAAUGUCUUGUACUACUUGAAAUGUUACAGAAUUAAAGCUCCGCGCACCGUAAAGGAUACGAUCUAGACUGACUGGGAAACAUUGCAUCUUGUUGGACAGUCUCCGUCAGAUGCCCACAGCAUUAAAUGUAGAAUACUUAAAACUGUGUUGCAGGUGGAUUCAAGGGCUAUCCAGCAGUGUAUGUUAUAACCUACUGUUAUAGCCGCCUUAUGUACUGUAGGUCUAAGAGGAAACUAAAAAAAUUAAAUCAUUGGCAAAACAAACUCUGCACAGAAAAUGAAGCGAUUUAGAGAUGUAUAAUUAAGUAGCUUGGACCAAAGGUUGCCGACGAGGAUUUGUGACUGCGGGGGUCUCUUUGGAGGGGGACGACGCCUGGUUUGGGAAACACUAGACUAAAGUUAAAACUAGCUCCACCUUGAGGUGCUACAGCAGUAAAAUGCUGCUUAUUCAUUCAUGCAUCCGUAUUAA